UCUGGGAACAUGGAAGCAAUAGUUUCUAACCCUGCUGGAGGGUCAAAUGGCUUAGAAGAGCCUAAAAAAAUGACGAGGGAGGACUGGAGGAAGAAGAAAGAAUUGGAAGAGCAGAGAAAAUUGGGCAAUGCACCAGCUGAAGUGGAUGAAGAAGGAAAAGACAUCAAUCCUCAUAUUCCUCAGUAUAUUUCCUCCGUGCCGUGGUAUAUAGACCCUUCAAAACGGCCUACACUAAAGCAUCAGAGACCCCAGCCAGAGAAGCAGGAAGAAUUUACAGCACAAGGAGAGUGGUAUAAGAGAGGGGUCAAAGAGAAUAUUGUUGCAACAAAAUACCGCAAAGGAGCCUGUGAAAACUGUGGUUCAUUAACACAUAAGAAGAAAGAUUGCCUGGAGAGACCUAGAAAAGUCGGAGCAAAAUUCACAGGAACAAACAUUGCACCUGAUGAGCACGCACAGCCUCAACUGAAGUUUGACUAUGAUGGAAAAAGAGACCGUUGGAAUGGCUACAAUCCAGAAGAGCACAUGAAGAUUGUAGAGGAAUAUUCCAAAGUUGAUUUAGCAAAGCGCACACUGAAAGCACAGAAACUGCAGGAAGAGUUGGCUUCGGGAAAACUGACAGAGCAGGUGAGCUCUCCAAGGCAUCAUUGGGGUGAAGAGGAACUAAAUUCUCAAACGGAGAGAGAUCACAACAGUGAAGAUGAGGAUGAAGACAAAUACGCAGACGACAUUGACAUGCCUGGGCAGAAUUUUGACUCCAAGCGGCGCAUUACCGUCCGGAACCUGCGUAUUCGAGAAGAUAUUGCCAAAUACUUGCGGAAUCUAGAUCCCAAUUCAGCAUACUAUGAUCCCAAGACCAGAGCAAUGAGGGAAAAUCCAUAUGCCAACGCAGGAAAGAAUCCAGAUGAGGUCAGUUAUGCAGGUGAUAACUUUGUUCGUUACACUGGGGAUACCAUUUCAAUGGCACAAACGCAGUUAUUUGCUUGGGAGGCUUAUGAAAAAGGCUCUGAAGUACAUCUCCAAGCAGAUCCUACAAAACUUGAACUCUUGUACAAAUCCUUCAAAGUGAAAAAAGAGGACUUCAAGGAACAGCAGAAAGAGAGCAUCCUGGAGAGGUAUGGAGGGCAAGAACAUCUGGAUGCCCCACCAAACGAAUUACUGCUUGCUCAAACGGAAGAUUACGUGGAAUAUUCUAGACAUGGAACAGUUAUUAAAGGCCAGGAAAAGGCUGUUGCUCGUUCUAAAUAUGAGGAAGACGUUACGAUCAACAAUCACACAUGUAUUUGGGGUUCCUAUUGGAAGGAUGGCAGAUGGGGCUAUAAAUGCUGCUACUCAUUUGUCAAGUAUUCGUAUUGCACAGGAGAAGCUGGAAAAGAAAUUGCUAAUGCUGAUGAAGGACUGCCUGCUGGAGAAUCCAAUGAGGAAGAGUAUAUGACUGCUCCCAAAACUCUUGUAGAGAUGCAUCAAGAAAAACAGAGAGAAGAAAAGAAGAAAAAGAAGAAAAAGCAUAAGAAGAGUACUAGUUCUGAUAGUGAUGGUGAAGACCGAAGGAAACAGGAAAAACUUAAAAAGGCCCUAAACGCAGAAGAAGCCCGUCUCCUCCAUGUGAAAGAGAUCAUGCAGUUAGAUGAGAGAAAGAGGCCCUAUAACAGCAUGUACGAAAGCCGGGAGCCGACAGAAGAGGAAAUGGAGGCUUAUCAGAUGAAGCGCCAGCGACCAGAUGAUCCUAUGGCCUCUUUCUUGGGGCAGUAGUAGCUGUGAGAAGAACUCACAAGCCCACAGGA